AAGUUCUCAACCCUGGUGGCAUGAUCGGUAGUUGUGUGCUGGAAGUUGAAGAGAUACCCUGACUAGGAGACAAGUGCAUUAUCCCAUUGAAAACGCUCUGAUAGUAAUGGUUCUACAAUUUUUCUUCUUUGGUCUCCUGUGUUGUGUAUGGGCGCAAGAUAUCAUCUUUGAGAAAGAAGAUGAUGUUUGCCAGUUGCCCGGCGGAAGAAACGGCAUAUGCAGAAAUCUCUCUUUGUGUCCCGAAGCCUACGAAGAUUACCCGAGAGUGAGUCCCGUUAUCUGCAGAUUCGACAGGAGAAUGCCUGUCGUUUGCUGUCCGGUAAAAGGUCCAAUCACUGGCGAGCCACCUGCAAAUAUUUCAGUUCCACUGCACGACCUCUCUGCCCCGCCUGUGGACUUCUCUUGUGGCGAUUCCUUCCCCGAAGUUGUUUUUAUACUGACAGGUAGUGGAUGUCCCAAUUGUGGGCCUGGCGGAUACCCGGCGCGCGAGGUCACUGCCAAAUAUUCAGCUCUUGUAGGAUCUCGAGAAGAGGAUGGGUCCUUCGACUGGUUCUGUUCAGGCGUCCUGAUCAACCGCCAGUGGGUCUUAACAGCUGCUCACUGCUUCUCUUACAAGCCUAUAAAUGUAGUCCGUUUAGGGGAGCACGACUACAGAAACAUGAGCGACGGUGCGAAUGAGGUUGACUUCGACGUGGGGGAAAAGUUCUUGUAUCCUGAGUUCAAGGAACCACAAGGAUAUCAUGACUUGGCCCUGCUUAAGCUCGCCCGCCCUGCGCGCCUUCAUAGGUUCGUAAAUCCGGUUUGCCUUCCCUGGGGUGAUGCGAGAAACAGACGUCUGUUAAAUGAGAAGGUUUCUCUCACAGGAUGGGGAGCUUUGGAAUUCGGUGGCAAAGGCAGCUCAAUUAUUCAGGAGGUCAACGUUACUGUAUUUUCGACCUCUGUCUGUGACCAGAGUUACUCUACUUUGAGAGACUACAGGAUUGUGUGGCCAAGGGGCAUUGGUGAGACCGUCCUUUGCGCAGGAGAUCCUCAAGGGGGCAAGGAUGCCUGUCAGGGAGAUUCCGGUGGUCCUGUCACGUACCUCAAUAAGGAGAAGAAAUACGUCUUGGCAGGAGUGGUUUCUCUAGGUUACGGGUGCGGCCUCAGCCAAUUUCCAGGAAUUUACGCCGACAUCCGUCAUCCGCCGUAUCUCUCGUGGAUCAAGAGAGUGGCAUUCACGUGAAAUGGCUUUGCUGCUGCGCGGAAACUUUAGAUGGCGUUCUUUCAUGAUUAGCACGCGUUGAAAAUUGGGAAAGACAUAAAUUAAAGGACUGAUAAGUCUUAUAUAAUUGCAAAUGGAAGUAAUCAACCGUUUGACAGCCCGGUUUUCUAUGUUACAACAAUAUUGGUUAUAUUCCCAGAUAUUUAUCGCGUUUUAAGGAAUAAAGCAAGGAGGAGUAUCUUAUUUAUCUUUAUUGAAGAAUAUUUCGACUUGUGACUCUUUGGGCGCUAUGAACCUUGUAAGUAUGUAUUCAAUUCAUAUAUGGAUGUAUAUUUAACUGAUGUCAGUAUGUUGUGAAGUAUACAUUUUCCACAA